AUGGAGUCGGUAAAACAAAGGAUUUUGACCCCUGGCAAGGAAGGAUUGAAGAAUUUUGCUGGAAAAUCUCUUGGUCAACUUUACAGAGUCUUAGAGAAGAGGCAGAAGCCCGGAGAUACCAUCGAGCUGACGGAAGAUGGGAAGCCCAUGGAAGUGCCCGAGAAGAAAGCCCCGUUGUGCGACUGUACCUGCUUCGGGCUGCCCCGGAGAUACAUCAUUGCCAUCAUGAGCGGACUGGGAUUCUGCAUUUCCUUCGGGAUCCGAUGUAACUUGGGAGUGGCCAUUGUGGAUAUGGUCAAUAACAGCACCAUACACCGAGGAGGAAAAGUUAUUAAAGAGAAAGCGAAGUUUAAUUGGGAUCCUGAAACAGUUGGCAUGAUCCACGGCUCUUUUUUCUGGGGGUACAUAAUCACCCAAAUCCCCGGCGGCUACAUCUCGUCCCGGCUGGCAGCUAACAGAGUGUUUGGUGCUGCUAUACUGCUGACAUCCUCCCUCAACAUGUUAAUACCGUCUGCAGCCAGGGUGCACUAUGGGUGUGUCAUCUUUGUUAGGAUCUUGCAGGGCCUCGUAGAGGGGGUCACCUACCCUGCCUGCCACGGCAUUUGGAGCAAGUGGGCCCCCCCAUUAGAAAGAAGUAGGUUAGCAACCACUUCCUUUUGUGGUUCCUAUGCAGGAGCUGUUAUUGCAAUGCCUUUAGCUGGAAUUCUAGUGCAAUACACUGGGUGGUCGUCUGUGUUCUAUGUGUAUGGGAGCUUUGGCAUAGUCUGGUACAUGUUUUGGCUUUUGGUUUCAUAUGAGAGUCCUGCAAAGCAUCCUACAAUCACGGAUGAAGAAAGGAGAUACAUAGAAGAAAGCAUUGGAGAGAGUGCCAACCUCCUAGGUGCAAUGGAAAAAUACAAAACUCCAUGGAGAAAAUUUUUUACAUCUAUGCCAGUCUAUGCAAUAAUUGUUGCAAACUUCUGCAGAAGCUGGACUUUUUACUUGCUGCUUAUCAGUCAGCCUGCUUACUUUGAGGAAGUGUUUGGAUUUGAAAUAAGCAAGGUGGGUAUCUUAUCUGCUGUGCCACAUUUAGUGAUGACAAUUAUUGUUCCUAUUGGGGGACAAAUUGCAGACUUCUUAAGAAGCAAGCAGAUUCUUUCAACCACUACUGUAAGGAAGAUAAUGAACUGUGGAGGUUUUGGUAUGGAAGCAACUCUUCUUCUUGUGGUGGGAUAUUCUCACAGUAAAGGAGUGGCUAUUUCAUUCUUAGUGCUUGCUGUAGGCUUUAGUGGAUUUGCCAUAUCUGGAUUCAAUGUCAACCACUUAGACAUUGCCCCAAGGUAUGCCAGCAUCUUAAUGGGGAUUUCUAAUGGAGUUGGGACCUUGUCUGGAAUGGUUUGCCCUAUAAUUGUUGGAGCAAUGACAAAGAACAAGACACGUGAAGAGUGGCAGUAUGUCUUCCUCAUUGCUGCUUUAGUUCAUUAUGGAGGUGUUAUCUUCUAUGGCAUAUUUGCUUCAGGAGAGAAACAACCCUGGGCAGACCCUGAACAGACAAGUGAAGAGAAAUGUGGCUUUAUUCAUGAAGAUGAACUUGCUGAAGAGACAGGGGACAUUACUCAGAAUUAUGUAAAUUAUGGUACCACCAAGUCUUACGGUGCUACAACCCAGGUCAAUGGUGGCUGGCCUAAUGGUUGGGAGAAAAAAGAGGAAUUUGUACAAGAGGAAGUACAAGACUCAUACAACUACAAGGAAGGAGAUUAUUCAUAA